UUGUUAAAUUGUAAAUAACAUGCUCUCAUCGACAUUGAGAUUCCACUUGCAGCUGUUGACGGGAAAGAUAUCCAUGGAACUGGAGAUCUUAGGAAUGAACUUUGGAUGCAUUCUUGGAGCACUUGGCUCUGGGAAGUUACCGGAGAAGGACUGCCUUCUUCCGUUACUCUCGAAAGUCCUCGGCUACUGCAUCGUCGCUGCCUCAACCACCGUCAAAGUCCCUCAGAUACUAAAAAUAUUGAAGAACCAUAGCAUCAGAGGACUUAGUGUCACAGCAUUCGAGCUUGAGGUGGUUGGCUACACGAUUGCUUUAUCAUACUGUCUUCACAAGGGUCUCCCUUUUUCUGCUUUUGGGGAGUUAGCAUUUCUUUUAAUUCAAGCUCUAGUUUUAGUCGCUAUCCUCUACUACUAUUCAGCGCCACUUGGAGUUAAAACAUGGAUCACAGCUUUGUUAUAUUGUGCUGUAGCGCCUACAGUAUUGGCUGGUCAAAUAAACCCAGUUCUGUUUGAAGCACUAUAUGCUUCUCAACAUGCCAUAUUCUUUUCUGCUAGAAUUCCCCAGAUAUGGGAGAACUAUAAAAACAAAAGCACUGGAGAGCUGAGCGAUAUUACAUGUAUGUUGAACUUUGCUGGAGCUAUUGCAAGGGUUUUUACUAGCAUGCAGGAGAAAGCACCCACAAGUGUUGUUUUGGGUUCUGUUCUUGGUAUUUUGACAAAUGGCACCAUCUUGAGUCAGAUAUUUUUGUACCAAAAGCCUCCAGCAAAGAAGAAAACGCAGUAGAUCCUCUUUUACUCAUGUAUGAUUCAGCUUCUAUGAGGAAUCAUGGAGAAGCUUACUUGUGUCGAUGAAAAUUUGAAUUAAGUUGAAUAAGUUAUGAACAAAUGACAUGUUUACUCGAACUCGGCUCAUCAAUAAACCAGAUUCUUAAGGACACCUCGAAGAGAGACUCUCGAUUAUUGAUGACAUGGUUGUACUGAAAUCUGUCUAGAUUAACAUUAAGGAACAUUAUGAUUUAUUAUACUUGGCAUAUUGAUAGAUUAGUCUUGAGUAUGAAGGCACUGA